CACAUCUCCCAUUGGCUGGCUGCUGUUUACAUGUAUGUAAAGCGGUUUGUGAUUAGCUCGCAGCUGGGCUAUAUAAGGACGCUGCUGACGCGCGCCCAGUCCUUUUCACUCUACGGUUUUUGCCGGAGCCUCCAUACGGCGUUGUCUCUUGUUCCCCAUCGUAGCUUUCACGGGGUGUUAACAAUGUCCGGAGGCCUCGAUGUCCUGCAGAUGAAGGAGGAAGAUGUCCUCAAGUUCCUGGCCGCAGGGACCCACUUGGGUGGCACUAACCUCGACUUCCAAAUGGAGCAGUACAUCUAUAAAAGAAAAAGUGACGGCAUUUAUAUUAUAAACCUGAAGCGCACAUGGGAAAAACUGCUGCUUGCUGCACGGGCCAUCGUUGCCAUUGAGAACCCAGCUGAUGUGUGUGUCAUUUCUUCAAGGAACACUGGUCAGAGAGCCGUGUUGAAGUUUGCAUCUUCAUGUGGAGCCACACCAAUUGCAGGACGCUUCACUCCUGGUACUUUCACCAACCAGAUUCAGGCUGCUUUCCGUGAGCCACGUCUACUGGUUGUAACCGACCCACGAGCUGAUCAUCAACCUCUUACAGAGGCAUCCUAUGUCAAUAUUCCCACGAUUGCCCUUUGUAAUACAGAUUCUCCACUACGCUAUGUGGAUAUUGCUAUUCCCUGUAACAACAAGGGAGCCCAUUCAGUUGGCCUGAUGUGGUGGAUGUUGGCUCGUGAAGUUCUUCGCAUGAGAGGCACCAUAUCUCGUGAGCAUCCAUGGGAGGUCAUGCCUGAUCUGUAUUUCUACCGUGAUCCAGAAGAGAUUGAGAAAGAGGAGCAAGCUGCUGCUGAAAAGGCUACCACAAAGGAGGAAUACCAGGGUGAAUGGACCGCACCUGUUGCAGAAUUUACUACAACUGAAGUUGCUGACUGGUCAGAGGGAGUUCCGGUUCCUUCAGUGCCCAUUCAGCCGUUUGCAGAUCGUCCUGAAAUUACUGCUGCAGCAGCGGCAGCUCCCAAAGUUCCUGCUGCAGAAGACUGGAGUACUCAGCCUGCUAGCACAGAUGACUGGUCUGCUGCCCCAACUGCGCAAGCUUCUGAGUGGGUCGGAACAACCACCGAAUGGUCUUAAGUCACUCUAGUUUCAAUGCCUACCAUGGCCCAUAAUAAACAUGUUUUCAAAAUAAA